CUAGAUGGGUAUGGCGUAGCUGCGGUUGCUCAGCGGAGGGCUGCGGGAGGAAAUGCAUUCUGCGCAUGGUCAGAGGCCCCGUUUCCUUUAUUCCUCCAUGGGGUCCAGGGGGCUGGCUAAAACCAGAAAUGAAAAACAAAUACAAGCUAUGAGCACGCCUUCUUUCGUCCCUCGGAGGCGCCCUUCCGCCCUCUUCCCCUGCAUCUCCAUUGCUCCCACUCUCAGCAAAGUGCACUUGCCCUGCAGCCAGCUCCGGAAAGUGGCUUGAUCCAGGCUCUCGGGACAACGCAGCUGAGACAAGUGUACGCUGAGCCCGUCAAAUUUAUCCCGCAGCGGCUGCAGCCCGUCUUCGGCCAGGCUGGGGGAGGUAGCGGAGUUGCCUCGGAGAGGGCCACCCGUACAAACCCGGAACUUAGAAUGCUGCAAGAGCCGUCGACCCCGCGCCAGCCAGCCAGCCCCUAACAUGGCGGCGGCAGAAGCAGCAGCAGCCGCCGCCACAAGAAGAAAACGCCGUAGAGAUAGAAAAGUAGAGGAACUAACAGGAUAAAGACUUCCGAUAAUAAUGGAAAACCCUUGGUCAAGGUCCUUUUUGGAAGCAAAGUGGAGUCGCUUUAUCCCUUGGCAUCUCUAUGGUACAAAUGAUCAGGAUGGUGAUAAAUUAUUCUAACAAUAGCAAUUACGCAAUAGAAAAAAUGAUAACCAAAGUUAAAACAAAGAACACACGAAGGCUGUAAUCCUGGACCAGCUGACAGGUACAGGUAAAGCUGCAAUACUGUGCAUGCUUACCUGGGAGUAAGCCCUACUGAACUCAAUGGAAUCUGCUUCUGAAUAGACAUAGGAUUAUACUGUAGAACAACUGUCUGACCUUUUCAAUGUUGUGCAUGUUUACUUAAAAUCCCAUGAAGUUCAAUUGGACUUGCUAUCUACAGAGGACAAAGUCCCCAAAAUAUACAGAAGAUCUCUUGUGCAGCUGGCACUCAGCAACAUGAAAUUGGCAAAUAUAUGCAUAGGGCGACCAGUGUUGCUUACCAGUAAAAAUGGAAAACAAGAGGUUUGUACUGCAUGGCCUGUUGCAGGUUUCCCUGGUGGAAAAAUUGGCUUAAGCGGAAUUACACAGAAAAAUCUGAAAGUGGGAUUUGGUGAAGCAGUCAUCGCUGAGCCUGUGACUGGUGCUCUUGUGCAGGCAGAGGAAAUAUGCAUAAAGCUGAGGAGCGUAGAUGCCAGUCUUAAUCCUGAAGAGCUGUGUUCCAGUCUCUUACGAAAUCUAGAUGGAAAGGUGGUUUUACCAGGCAAUCUCCUGCAAAUCACUUUCUAUGGCCGAUCUUGCAACCUGAUAGUUACAAAAGUGAAAGGAACAGAUGGGGUUCUGCUGAAAAUGCAAGACAGCUCCAUUUUUAAGCCAGAACAGAAAUUGUUGCUUGAAGCUUCUGAUACUACUGAUUUUGAUUUACCUACACAACUUGACAAACUGAUCAUUGAAGACAAUCAAGGAAGAAUGUCUACCAGUACUCCAUGUAAGCAGGUGGAUCACAGCAUAUCAGUUAAUGCUUCUGUAGAUGCUGUGAUGGGUGAUGAACAAAGUCUUGGUCCGACAGAGACAGUUUUAUUUGGUGACCAUGUUGCAGGUUCCAUUCCUCACUCUGAAUCAUCUGAGUUAAAAGGCAGUGAGGACUGCUUUGCUGAUGGAUUACUGCAGACUAAUAAAACAGGAGUAUCACUGAGCUCUGAGACAUUUUACUUCAUUUCUUCAAGAACUAGGAUCAGCUUCAUUGAAUCUCGAACUAAAGUAACGGAAGAAUGUAAUCAAGAACCAAAGAUUACUUAUGAUUCAAUAGGUGGACUCAAUAACCAGCUAAAAACCAUAAGAGAAGUGAUUGAGCUUCCCCUGAAGCAGCCUGACCUGUUUAGAAGUUAUGGAAUCCCACCUCCACGAGGGGUGCUGCUGUACGGUCCUCCAGGUACAGGGAAGACGCUGAUAGCCAGAGCAAUUGCAAAUGAGGUUGGAGCUCACAUCUCCGUUAUUAACGGCCCAGAAAUAAUAAGCAAGUUUUAUGGAGAGAGCGAAGCCAGGUUGCGACAGAUAUUUGCUGAAGCCUCCUUACGUUGGCCUUCCAUUAUAUUUAUUGAUGAAAUAGAUGCACUCUGCCCAAAAAGAGAAGGGGCACAGAAUGAAGUUGAGAAAAGAAUUGUAGCUUCCUUAUUAACACUGAUGGAUGGCAUUGGAUCAGAAGGGCAACUCUUAGUACUUGGAGCCACAAAUCGUCCCCAUGCACUAGAUUCAGCCCUACGCAGACCUGGACGCUUUGAUAAGGAGAUAGAAAUUGGGGUUCCCAACGCUCAGGACCGGCUAGAUAUUUUCAGUAAACUUCUUAAGAAGGUUCCUCAUUCAUUGACGGCAACAGAGCUGGUUCAAUUGGCUGACAGCGCCCAUGGAUAUGUAGGAGCAGAUCUAGCUGCAUUGUGCAAAGAAGCAGGCUUGUAUGCUUUACGGCGAGUACUCGGGGAGAAAACAAACCUCUUGGAUGAGAAUGUGUCAGGAUCAGUGAUAGUUACGCGCAAUGACUUCCUGCAGGCUAUGAAUGAUGUCAGGCCCAGUGCCAUGAGGGAGGUGGCAAUUGAUGUGCCAAAAGUAUCCUGGUCAGACAUAGGAGGGCUGGAAGAUGUCAAACUGAAAUUGAAACAAGCAGUAGAAUGGCCACUGAAGCAUCCGGAGUCUUUCCUUAGAAUGGGUAUUCAGCCACCAAAAGGAGUAUUACUUUAUGGACCUCCAGGAUGCUCAAAAACCAUGAUUGCAAAGGCUUUGGCCCAUGAAAGUGGGCUGAAUUUCUUGGCAGUGAAGGGACCAGAAUUGAUGAACAAAUAUGUUGGGGAAUCUGAACGUGCAGUCAGAGAGAUCUUUAGGAAAGCCAGAGCUGUUUCACCUUCCAUAUUGUUCUUUGAUGAAAUAGAUGCCCUGGCAGUAGAACGGGGAAGCUGUUCGAGUUCUGGGAAUGUGGCAGACCGCGUCUUGGCACAGUUGCUGACAGAAAUGGAUGGGAUAGAACAACUAAAGGAUGUGACCAUAUUGGCAGCCACAAAUCGACCAGAUAUGAUAGACAAGGCUUUGAUGCGACCUGGUCGAAUUGACAGAAUCAUAUAUGUACCUCUGCCUGAUACAGCCACUCGUAAAGAAAUAUUUAAAAUUCAGUUUUGCACCAUGCCCGUCUCAGAUGAAGUCCACAUGGAGGAGCUUGUCGAACAAACACAAAAAUAUUCAGGAGCGGAGAUAACUGCAGUUUGUAGAGAAGCUGCCCUUCUCGCCCUUCAGGAAGAUAUACAUGCCAAAUGCAUUAUGGGAUGGCAUUUCCAACAAGCCUUGGCUAUUGUGACUCCUCGAAUUCCUGAUUCUCUGCAGAAGUUCUAUGAUAGCUAUCAGCAGCAGAGUGGACUGCAUUCAGUUUGAGAAACUGAUAUAUUUAAUAUUUGUAUCGUGUGGAAUGUGACUCCAGGAACUCUUCUAUAAGUUGAAUAGCUUUUUUUGUAGCAAAGAAUUAUAUUUUUAUAAGUCAAAAUGUUUGAAAUGGACUGUGCUGCAGUUUUCCUCCUAAUAAAGAUCUUGAAUGGCAGUUGAAAACUGUGUAAACAUGACAGAAAUGGCUGAAACUUUCUCAACUACAAUAGCAUUCCAUAAUUUUAUAUCAUUUUUAUAGUAACUUCAUGUAGGUUUGAUCUUUCUUCUCUUGAGAAUAUUAUUCCUAUGGUUUAUUUUCAAAUUAUUUCCAUGUAACCUAAGCCAAGCCAUCCAAGCAUGUGUGUCGAAGUACACCAGUUGCUGGAAUCAUACGCAGGGAGAGUGCUGUUGCUGGCUUUCUGUAGGCAUCUGGUUGGCCAUUGUGAGAACACAGUGGUAGACUAGAUGAGUGUUUGGUCUGAUCCAGCCUGGCUUUUCUUAUGUUGAGACCAAAUGACCACAGCCAUCCAUUCACCCACAUCACUGAAUCCUAGUUUUCAUGUGAUUCAAAUAUCCACCCUCCCUUUAAAGCUGCAGUAUGCAGCAACUAUAAAAGUAAGCUUGAUAUUUUACUUGAUCUGUCCACCAGGACCCCAAGAUUUUUUCUGGUCAGUACUACCUCAGAUCCUCAGUGCAUAUGUAGUUUGAUUUAUAUUCCCCCAGUGUGCAUCACUUUACACUUAGAUUGAACCACAUUUCCCAUCUGAAUGUCCAUCUACCCUGUUUGGAGCAAUAAUUUUGGAGCUAUUUGCAAUCACUUCUUGGUUUACCACACUGAAUAAUUUGCUGUUAUCAGCAAACUCAGCAGCCUCACUGCUAAACCCAGACUCCAGAUCAUCUGUGAUCAAGUUAAAAAGCACCAACCCCAAUACAGAGUCUUUGGGGACCCCACUUCUUACAUUUCUCCAUUGUGAGAACUAUCUGUUACAUUUUUUCCUACUCUUUGUUUUCUGUCAUUUAAAUAUCCCCUUAUAACAUGAAUUGUACUCAGGAGCCUUUGGUGUGGUACUUUGUCCAAGCUUUCAGAAAUUCCCAAGUUCACAAUGCCUAUCGGAUCACUCCUAUCUACAUUGCUGUUGUCACUCUCUCAAAGAGCUCUAUAGCCAGGACUUAUUUUGCAGAAGCCAUGUUAAUUCUUCUUCAGCCUGACUUUAGUAUGCUUGAUAUUUGCCCCUGCCACACACACAAUGUACCCAGAACAGGUAUUAUUCUAACCAGUCUGUAAUUUCCUGGAUCCUGUCAGAUCCCUUUUUAAAAAUUGGUGUUAAAUUGACUAUUUUCCAUUGAAUAUUUUCCCAUAUUUUGUUAAAUAUUGUCAAUUACAGAUCUGAGUUCUUUAAGAAGUCUUGGGGAGAUACCACACAGACCUAGAUUUGUUAACAGGCCUAGAAAUUAUUUCCAUAUGUCAAACACACACUAAAGUUUAAAAGAUACUGAUUAAAUAUUAUUUUCAGUCUACUGAAUUAGCCCAGGGCAGCAGUCUCUGGGCCUGCCUUCUUGAUUGCCCUUUUUUCCUGGCUCCCAAUUCCUAUUCCUCUCUACAGACCACAGACCACCUCCUUCUAACAUGGAAAGGCAAGGCAUAUUAUUCAGGACCCUAGCUCCAUGAGAGGCAUUCAAGUAGACCAAAGGACACAAAUUCUAGUGUAGCUUAUCACCAAGUCUCAUGUGUUUCCUGAACAUAAAGCUCACAAAAGAUGUUUAUGCAGUCAUGCUUUCUAGAGCAUGCAUGUGUAGAGAGACUUCAUAGCUUGUUGCUGCCACUCCUUGAGAUGGCCCAGCAGGCUUUACAUAAAAAGAACUAGCUAAUUUGUCAAGUUUGCUGGCACACUGCCUCUUCCCCCCCCCUUCUCAUCCACACUCUUGUCCUUCACCAAUGGCUAUUUUAGAUUUAUUACUCAUCCUGGGCCUUAAGGAUCUUCAUUCUAAUCAGCUCUAUUUCAGGUAUCAACUGUUGCACCCAAAUUAAGAAAAAUCUGAGCAAGAGCGUGAGUCACUCAACAGAAACACUUCAUUUGGCAAAGACUAUCAGACCUUUUUCUUCCAAAUUCCUCUUGUGAUACUUGAUAACCUGAAAUGUACCUUGUUUGAAUUGGAGCGCUGGUGGAAAGUGCAGGAGGCAUCAUGCCUGCCCUUAAGUAGAAACAAUCAUACCUGAGGUAUGGUUGCCAAAUUUUUAAUCAUAAUUUUAUAACAUUUCCAUCUAUGGGAAUUCAUAUC